AUGAAAUCCGUGAAUAUUUUAAAAAUGCUUGAAGCGAAUAAAGAAAAUAGAAACUUUUAACAUGCUUAAAAUAGAUAAAACAGAGUUCAAUCUACUCUCUUUAUAAAAGACGAGUUUUCUCAAUAAAAUAUAAAACCAAGAGUUAUCAGAGUCUCUAAAUGGAAUAAGUCAUAAAAUAUCAGAGAUAAUAUGAAGAGAGAGGAUCAGAGACAUAUUAGUUACGAAAUGCCCAGAUAAAAAACUGAUUAAUAUUAGCAUAUGUAAAGAACCUUAAAAAAUAGAAGUCUAACUAACAUCCAAAUUUCAAUUAUUAAUUAAGCCUAGAAUAAUAAUCACAAUAACAAUGCUUCAAUUUCAUUACCUAAUACCAACAAAUGUAAGCAAUAUUUAUGUAUUUCUAGAUGUAGUUACAAGAGGAUUAGAUAAAUUUUAAUCAACAGAAAACAAUAGGAAUCCACAAUUAGUUAAAAUCUACAAAUAGGAUAUUUAUAAUUAUCUUGAGGAACUUAAUUAAAAGCAAUAAUAGUAAAAUGCUAUCUCAUAUAAUGCUUUUUAUUCCUAAAGUUAGAUUAAUCUCAAAAUGAGAAAUGUUCUAAUCAAUUGGCUCUUUGAAGUUCAUCAUAAAUUAAAGUUGCAAUUGGAAACUCUCUUGCUGACUACAUGGUUACUCGACAAGUAAGUAUUAAGAAUAAAUAAGAUUUAUUGAAACUAAUUUAGUAUAAAAGAAUAGAUUUUAAUUAUUUGGAAUUGCUUGUUUAUUCAUUGCUUCAAAAUAUCAAGAAGUAUAUGGUGUACCAAAAAGUGGUCAAUUAUCGAAGUUGUGCGAUGAACUUUAUAGCAAAGAAGAUAUAUUGAAGGCAGAAGGACAAAUACUAUAAAGUAUCAACUUUAACUUAUCUUUCAUUUCACCACUUCGAAUUUUUGAACAUUUAGUUGAAGUUGAUGAUUAAAUUAGGUUGAUUAUAUAAAUUUAAUUAGUUGAUAUCUGAUAUAGUUGGCAUCAUUUAGUUAUGGAUUUGCUAAUGGAGACCCCUUUUAAAUAGUGGCCACUAUUCUGAACAUUGUUGCAAAAAUCUCUAACAAAAAGAUUGAUUCCUCGAUGUUAAAGGUAAUACCAUAUGAUUUAGCUCUUAGGUAGAUUCUAAUCAAACCAAUAAAUUAACAAAAGAGUUAAUUUAAACUUGGUUUCUUGAUGAAGUUAAUCAACCAUUUCCAUCUCUCAUCAAAAAGUAUUAGCACUCUCAUUAUAAUCAUGUUUCAACAAUUAAUUUUAGUUUAGAUCUAUUUUUGUGA